GAUUUUAUUUAGAUUUUCAUUACUUUGAAAAUGGCGAAAAUGAGAUGUUUUGUUUAUACGUGCGAAAAUCGUCGAGGGGCUGAUAAGAAGUUGAGUUGGCAUUCUUUUCCUUGUAAAGAGAAAGAGCUGAGUCGUUGGGAAGAAUGGUAUAGUUUUUGUGAGCAGGCUAAAGAACCAUCUUCACAAGCAGUAAUUUGUUCGGAGCAUUUUAAUGCUUCUGAUUUCAAUUUUGCUUAUCAGUUGGCAUUAUGUGGAGAAAGUGGCAGACGUCGAUUAUUAGUACGUGAUGCUGUGCCGUCGAAGAAGAGUCCAAGGGUUGUGGAUACGCAAGAAUGUUCUAAUGCAGCGGUUACAACAGUGAACGCUCCUUCCUAUCUGCUGAUGUUUGUUGCACAAGAACCCGAUGCACAGCUGCAUGGUGCAGCAUCUUCGGAAGGUUCUGCUGCCGUUGCAGCCCAAGCAUUUUCCAGCAUGCCUGCUGCCACAUGCCCGUCGCCAGCAGCAUUAUCGUUGGAUUUCGGAACGAAAUCGAGGAAAGGGUGCAGAUCAGAAAAUAACGGAACUACGCAAUCCAACGGUGGCUGCGUUUACUGCUCCCGGAAUGUCCCGGAUGAGCCGUGCCCGGUGCAUUCGCGGCGGAUCCCCGAUACCAAGGUGCUGCCCUUGGCGCUGGCCACGCUCCCCUCAUCCCUCUCCUUCAUUCGAAAGCAGGCUGAUGCUGUUCCGAGCGGCGUUCGCGCGCGGUGUCGCAUUGCCGCCCGCACCGUCAUGGGCCCGAUGCGUGGCGUAACCUGUUCCCACGCGAAGCUGCAGCGGACCCUUUCCACCCUUGAUGACCGUUCCACGCUGCACAGGGAUGCAGGCUGCCACACGGAGUCUCUGCACGGCUGCAACUGGAUGCAGUUCGUUCGCUUGGCCCGCAACACGGCCGAGCGGAAUUUGAGUGUGUACGAUAUGGGCGGACAAGUGUAUUUUAUGGCGAUGAGAGAGAUCAUCGGUGGGGAAGAACUGAGGGUCUGGUACUCGGCCCGUUAUGCCCAGGAGAUGAAGGUCACGAAGCGGCUUAAAAAAGCUGAUAAUCAGUCGGCCAUGCACCAGCUGAACGCUGGUGACGAUGUCCUGCCGCAAUUGCACGGUGAUGAUCUCGUUGGCGAGUCUGCUUUGCCCAGUUCGCCGGAUGAAAAUGUCAUGUUGAGCGGCGCCGAUGAUCUCCUUCCACCGGAAACGCAGGAUUCAAUUUUUCCCGAAAGAAACAUAACGGAUGAUGACAACGAAGAUCUGAACCAUGUGAAUGUCGUUACGGACCCGGAAAUGGACAUAGAGCACGAAGAGGAAGAUGCGGAUACACUGCUGGAUGCUGGCGCAGAGGAUAGUGACGCGAGUUACGAGCCAAAAGAUCAUCGAAAACUCAUGCGCCGCCGCGUGACCCGUUUCCGUCACGAUAAUCCCGAGAUGGUGGCCCGCCUGGAAGCCGUCCUUACCGUUAACCCGUUUCAGUACGCCCAGGGUAGUAAGGAACAACUCGACGCCUGGGACGCCGCGGUGCGCCUCCUGGACCCGGCCAUCGUCACCACACGUAACCUUCUUCGGUUUACCGUUGGCGAGUGCCUGCGGAUGGCGCCCAAAGCCGCUCAGCAGUUUGACAGCGAUGCGGGACCGGUGUUCCAGCGCACAAGUAUAUCGUCAGCAUUCGCAGCACGGUGUUCUAUAGGAUGUUCUACGGCAGUGUGCCCGAGAAAGGCUCGCAGAUUGACAUUUCCGACUGCAUGCCCGAUGCGUUUGAGAACAUGCUGAGCUACAUGUACACCGAUAAAGUGAAGAAACUCACCGUGGAUAACGUUUUCCCGACGAUGCGCUGUGCCGACAAGUACGAUUUGCCGCAGCUGGAUCUCAUCUGCGCGGAAUACGUUGCCACCCAGUUGAAUGCCGAGAACUGUAUGGCCUUGCUGGAGCUGGUAAUAUUCUUCUACCGCGUGGAUUUUUACCGUGCAAUGUUUUCGGUUAUUAUGACUUUUGCAGGCCAUUCAGUGGAAAGUUGACGACAUUGUGGAGAAAUGCUUGCAGCUGGUGGAAUUACAGAGCGAUGUCAUUUUGAAGUCGGAGCAGUUCACGGCCAUCGCGCAGGACACGUUGAA